CAAUCGGUGAUCAAGGACCCCACGCUCAUCCCAGCCGUCUUUUCUCUCUAUGCCCGAAAAUCGUAUACACCUCCUGGUACCAAGAAGGUAAUUAUUCCAAAUGCCAACCAUUCCAGCAACGCAAUUCCCCGAGACACGGCCGAUGCUGCGCUCCGCGCAGCAAUUGAAGUCAAAGAUAUGUCUCUUUGCCUUGAUAUAAUCGAUACCUCAUACGGGCUUCCGGCAUUCCGCAGUGCAAAGCUGAUUCGGGAAGCUGCCCCAGUGGCAAUUCUAGCUUGCCUUAUGCCACCCGUUGCCUAUGUCAUUGGGGAUAUCCUCGCAGGAUACCAGGACGAGGUGGAUCAUUCUCAUGCGCUAGGAUUUGCAUUCGCUGGCAUACUGGCUUAUAUCACCUUCACUGCCGGCCUUGGUAUUGUCACAGUUACUACCGCAAACGACCAGAUGGUUAGGGUCACUUGGGCGAUCGGGACUCCUCUAAGGCUCAGGUGGUUACGGGAGGAGGAACGGGCUGCUUAUGACCGGGUUGCUCAGGCAUGGGGCUUUGAUGACCCCAUAAAGAGAGGAUUUGAGGAAGGGGAAGAGUGGGAAUUACUCCGCGAAGUAGUAUUCAGGAAGAGCAUGAUCCUGGACAAUCCAGAUUUGAUGGAUGGCAUGGAGUGAUCUUGGAAAAAUGUACUUGUAUAAUACUUGAACACCCCCUGUUCCCCUCCCAAAAAUCUCCAUAGCCAUCCCAUUUCAUAGCACAGCAUAGCGGAGAUCUAUGUUAAAUUCAUCGCUCGGUACAAUCC